AUGGAGUUUAACGAUGUGCUUUUAUUUAAUCUCUUCACUGAUUCAUCGGCCGGCUCCAAGUGGCGCGGUCAUUCUUCUAAGGGAAUCCGAACGUUCUCACAUGAAAAGCAUUAUAUUCUUUCCCACGAGUUCAAAAAUCUUUACGUUGCCAUAACCAGCACAUAUGGAUAUUCGAUGAAGAUGCUGAACGGGCUGUUUUCUGCUUUGGAAAGGACAACGAUAAUAUUAGAUAUGACUUGCAAUGCAUAUCGUCUUGAGCAAAUCGCCAAGUCAUCCGUAAACAGUUCUGAUGUCGCUACCAUUUCAUUGCUGCUGCAGCGGCACUAUCAUGAAGCUGGUAAAAUUUAUGCAGAAUGCGACAAGUUUGAAGACGCUGCACGCUGCUUUUUUGAUGCAAAAAUAUGGCUUACAGCGGGAGAAUAUUAUGAAAGAGCAAAGAAAUAUGCUCAAGCCGCGGAGGCUUGUGGUCAUUGUGACAUAGUAAUCGAUUUGAUGCAAAGGCAAGAAAUCGACAUGACAAGCUUCUCGCGUAUGAUUCGUGUUGUAUAUACUUACUAUCGUCGGAGUAAAAAUGAGAAGAUGAGAGACAAGGCGCUUUCUGAUUUCCUGGAACUUUGUGAAGAGAAUGCACAAUUUCGCGUCGCAGCCGAACACUUACGCUCUCUUG